AUGUCGUCCUCUAACGCUCCCUCCUCUAUCGACGGGACCUCUGCCCUGACCUACCGCCGGACAUUUUUCAUUGUCGCUGCGUUUGCCGGCACUCUCGCCCUCACGCAGCUCCAUCGAUAUUUCUUUUCUUCGCCAGCAGCUUCCCAGACCCUCCAUAGGCGAAAUGCGGUGCGACACCAAAGACAUUCCCAGAGACGGGGUGGGAUAUCUCUGCCCAGCGGAGAGACGUAUGAAUCGUCCAGUCCGCUAGCUCCUUCGCUUGCGCUGGCUCAGCGUGAACGAGAAGGCAGAAGUUACGGCCAUUUUACACUUCGGGUUGACGCCGAGCAUACUCUGCAAUGCCCUCUUUUGCCUUCACAGCUGGCAUCCGUAGAGACCAUACAGCGGGAGAUCGGAGCCAGUCUGGAGAGCGCAAACUUAAUGCGCCAUAUGAUAGAGGAUGAAUUUCUUACUCGGUUCCUGAUAGCUGAGUUUCCGCCAUCGCAUGUCAUUCUUCUCUCUACUGGGGAAUGGAGAUAUUUGCUUAAUGAGCUUACAUCUCGUGGAAUUUCAGAGGUUGCUGUCAACAAUGCCUUUACGCGGUUUAACGAGAACCCACACUUUGGUGAACAACCCGACACUGAACGGCCCGUAGGCCAGGAGGAUGCAAACUUGGUGGUGAACACCAAUGCCAUGCCAGCAGAACAAACCCCUCCUCCUCCACCUCAGCCUGAGAUAGGAGACACCACCAUAGAUGAUCAGAGUCUCUUCUCAUGGAGAGACGGUACAAAUGACACAGCUCCGCCGAGAGAAGGACAAAAUCUGCUUAAUUUGCUCUACCAUAUAGCUGAGGACCAAGCAAGGCGUGAUGGCUAUAUACAUCGAGGAGUAACGUGCAACAGUUGCGGUGUCAUGCCAAUCCAAGGGAUCAGAUACCGCUGUGCAAACUGCAUUGACUAUGACCUUUGCGAGGCCUGCGAAGCCUCCCAAGUUCAUAUUCUCACCCAUUUGUUCUAUAAAGUCCGGAUACCAACUCCAUCGCUGGGAAGUGUAAAGCAGGUCCAACCAGUUUUAUACCCAGGGAAGCCGAAUAUGCUUCCUCAAACGCUACCAAGAAAUGUAGCAAAGCGACUCAAAAAGGAAACGAAUUUUGAGAAUACCGAAGUCGAUGCGCUUUGGGACCAGUUUAGAUGCCUUGCAAAUGUUGAAUGGCCCGAAGAGCCUAACGGCCUUCCGCUGGCAAUUGAUAGAAAGACAUUUGACCGGUGCUUUAUCCCUAACCGGCCUCCUCCACCAAGCCUUAUCUAUGAUCGGAUGUUUUCCUUUUACGAUACCAACGGUGAUGGUCUCAUCGGGUUCGAAGAGUUCUUGAAGGGUCUGGCAAGCUUUGGUAACAAGAGCAUGCACGAACGGCUGAGACGAAUAUUUGCAGCUUAUGAUAUAGACAGAGAUGGUUAUGUGGAGCGGAAAGAUUUCCUACGUAUAUUCAGAGCAUAUUAUACCCUGAGCAGAGACUUAACUCGAGAUAUGAUGUCCGGAAUAGAGGAUGAUUUUAUGGAGAGCGGCUCUCGAGACGUGGUACUGGGAAGUCAGCCCAUCAGUGCUGCAUUUCCCGGAACCAUACCUGGAUCAGAUCGAUCCAGAGCUGGUGAAGGCAAACGUACGAAUUUGCAGGGUGACCUAGAGGUCAUCGAUAAUGAGGCUGUAGUAAGAGAAGAUGGUGAUGAAACGGGUGAUAGGGACAUUGUUCUAGGUGAUGCAGCUCUCAGAGAUACACUUGGACCCAACCGCCAUCGCCAGCGAGAUCCAUCAAGGUCAGAUAGUACAACUCAGGGACCAUACUAUGGGCCUAGGCCAAGCGACUCGUCCACUGAUCAUGGGGAUGGCUUCGAUCUUAUCUGUGCUGGCCCCUAUCCUUGCGAGAACUUUCUGAACUGGCCCCCGGCCGAGCAUGUUCAACGUGAAGAUAUUAUCAAUGCUCUUGGGGCAUACGUACCCCUAGAGGAUGUAACGGACUUUGUUGAUAGGGCUAGGAUCGGAACCUGUCUUAUCGAGAGACUAAAUGCUGCAGAAGCGGAACAUCAGUCGAAUAUCAGGCGAGAAGGCAUUGAAGAGAGAUGGCGGCGACGGGCAUUUUACCUUGAGGAGGAAGAAGGCACAAGUGGACGACCAAUGUACGAAGGAAAUGAGGAUGACUAUGAAGCAGCGGCCUCGGAUGGAGAAUGUAAUGAGGACUCAGAUUGGCAUAACCCUACCCCAAGGUCUAGGUCUUCAUCUAAAGUUCGCUUCCAAGAUGAUGUAACAGACAACGAAUAUGAAACUCGCUCAAACCAAUCUACAUCAUCACGCAGCAUCCAACUGGGUGAACGAUGGGGUGGUUAUGAAAUUCCAGAAGUGGAAAGGGAUGCAGGCAAAGAGAUUCUUUAUCAAGUCACUCAGCAGGGCUUGAACGAGCUUUUGGAUCUCAUCUUUAAGCCAAAGGAAGAUCUCCUCAUGGAAGCUUACCGUACCCGUACAGAACGGAAGCGAUGGGCUAAGGAAAUUGAAAGAUUCCAGGAGAGAGGGUAUCGAGUUAAGGAUAUUAAGAAUUGUGAUCGCAGGAAUCCAAAUGGGGAUGACACCAAUGAUCCAGAAUCGGCUGGCAACAGGUCCCUAAAAGACCUAUUACAAGAGAGCGGUUUUUCAGUCGACCCAGAGUUCCUUGAGGAAGUCGAGCGCGAGGAAGAAGAUGGCAUUGAUCAGGCUUAUUCAUCUCAGCAAGAGGGCAGCGUGAUAUCUGACCAUUUGAGUGAUCAUGAAGUUGAUUAUAUGCCCAUUGCACCUGAAAGCAAUAAUUUCCAAGGUGACACCGAAUCACCAUCGUCUUCCGAGAACAAUAUACCUCUGCCUCCAGACCCUACCCUCCCACAAAAUCGACCCAAUGAGGAAGACCUAGUGGCAUUAGAACAUAUGCCCCAUGGAUCACAUCACUCACCCCGGCCACACUCUGCUGAGCCGCACCCUAUAUACGAAUCUGCAUCAACGUCAACAUCAACUUCCGGGCCUUCUCACCAUCGCCUAUCAAGCCAGCGUAGGUCUCGAAAUCGCUCAUUACCCCUUCGGCUUCGCUUCCAACAGUCUCCGCCUCCAAAUCGUACGCGAAGUAACUCGGGCUCAUCCGUAGCAUCCUCAUCUUCUACCCCUUCUGUGAAGAAUGCCGUGCUUCCCUCACCGCCGCCCUCCCCGAAGAUUCUAUCCCGCUGGGCAAAAUUAAAUCUAGCUGAACAAGAAGCCAAGGAACGAGGCGGAUCAGGAGCUAAGCUCAAUUUCGAAGAAUUUGCCAUGCGGAUGCAAGGAGAAAGAGGGAAGAGGCUUGGUUUUGUCGCAAGCUGGAUUGAUAUGACUACUUUUUAA